GUCUCUCAUUUCUUCUACUUUCCCGCCUAUUUAAAGCCUUCAUACGAUGCCGAUGCUUUCUUAUUCGAAAAUUCUCGCACAGAGUCCUACAUUUCUUCCCUUGCCUCUGAUUUCUCCCAAAACUACGCGCAGCAAUUGGAGUGUUCGAUUCUCCGAUCGUCCUUCGGCCUCUGCCCUCAAAUCUACAGUUACGAAGCGGAGAAUGUCUGCUUCUUCGAUUAAGAGCACCACUCCUAAUCUCUCAAAUGGAAUUGAAGCCAUUCCGUUAGGUUUUGAGGACGAACUCGAUCGGUUUGUCGAUGUCGCUAAUAAGCUUGCUGAUGCCGCCGGAGCUGUUAUUCGAACUUACUUCCGGGAAAGCUUCGUAAUUCUUGAUAAGGACGAUUUGAGUCCUGUAACGAUAGCUGAUCGAGCGGCCGAGGAGUCCAUGGUUUCAAUUAUACUAGAGAAUUUUCCUUCUCAUGCAAUUUUUGGAGAGGAGAACGGUUGGUCGGGUAAAGAUAAAUCUGCAGACUACGUUUGGGUCUUGGAUCCUAUAGAUGGGACGAAGAGUUUCAUUACAGGCAAGCCCUUGUUUGGAACUCUUAUUGCUCUUCUACACAAGGGGAAGCCGAUUCUUGGCAUAAUUGAUCAGCCUGUUUUAAGAGAAAGAUGGCUUGGAGUGACUGGGAGGAAAACUACAUUAAAUGGAAAAGAACUCUCCACACGCACCUGUGCAAAACUUUCCCAAUCCUAUUUGUACACUACAAGCCCACAUAUGUUUAGUGGAGAUGCCGAAGAGGCGUUUUCUCGUGUUAGAAGUAAGGUGAAAGUACCACUAUAUGGUUGUGACUGUUAUGCUUACGCCCUUUUGGCUUCUGGUUUCGUGGAUCUUGUAAUUGAGUCUGGCCUUAAGCCAUAUGAUUUCCUGUCACUGAUACCGGUUAUAGAAGGUGCUGGGGGAGCCAUAACUGAUUGGAGUGGACAUCCACUUUACUGGGAGGCCUCUUCAGAUUCUCAAGUUACAAGUUUCAAUGUGGUGGCAGCGGGAGAUAAACAGCUUCACCAACUGGCUCUAGAUACGUUACAAUGGCAGUGAAGAAGCAUUUUAAAUGGUGAAAGGCAACAAUAACUAUCAGCUUUGAAUUGUCAAAGACGCA